AUGGGUGUCAAUGGUCUACUACAGCACCUAAAAGAGAUCCAGGAUCCAUGUUCUUUAGAACGGUAUCGCGGCAAAACACUAGCCAUCGACACGUAUGGAUGGUUGCAUCGCGCGUUAGUGUCAUGUGCUGAAGACUUGUGUUUAGGUAGACCAACGAGAAAGUACAUCACCUACAUUAUCAACAAGAUUCAAAUGUUGCAACAUUUUGGAAUUACUCCGUUUUUUGUCUUCGAUGGUGCUUCCUUAACCACUAAACAAGAAACAAAUAUGAAGCGACGCGAGCUGCGAUCUGAAGCUAAAGCCUUGGCUGAAAAGUAUGCUAAAUCAGGACACUUGCAAUUAGCUUACAAAGAAUACAUGAAAGCGGCUUAUGUCACUUCACAAAUGGCGAAGCUGAUCAUGUGUGAGUUGGAUGUGUUGAAAAUUAGAUAUGUUGUUGCUCCUUAUGAAGCCGAUCCACAAAUGGUUUAUUUGGAAAAAAUUGGCGUUGUGGAUGGGAUAUUGAGUGAGGACUCAGACUUACUAAUAUUUGGCUGCAAUAAACUAAUAACUAAACUUAAGGAUGAUUCCAGCUGUGUUGAAAUUAAUCGGGCUGAUUUUGAUAAAGUUCGACAAAUUCCAUAUUUGGCCAGUUAUACCAAUGAGCAAUUGCGAUUAGUUGCCAUGCUUUCUGGCUGUGACUAUACUAAAGGUAUUCCUGGUGUAGGUUUGAAAUCAGCAUUUCAAAUGGUGUUGAGAUACCGUACGUUGCAUAAAGUUACAAUUGCAUUACGAUCAACGGGCAAGAAAAUCCCACCUAAUUUCGAGGAGGAAGUAGUUAAAGCUAAUUUAGCAUUCCAGUUUCAAAAAGUGUUUGAUCCACGAAAUCAGACACUCACGACUUUGAAUGAAGUACCUGAAUCUUUGUCUGGGAAAACAGAAUUGUUAGAGUCAUGCUGUGGUAGAACUCUUGCGGAUGAAUUGGUGAAAAAGGCUUGUAAUGGAUUAGUCGACCCUAACUCACAUGAACUACUCGUGUCGCGAGAGCAAAGCAUGAGCUUGUUAAAAUCAGUAUCUGUCAAGGUCAAUACCACCAAUACGGAAGCUCAAGCUGUACGAUCUCAAUCGGAACCGGUUGUGCAAUGUCAAAAAAGAACAGUUUUGGAUAUGCUUAAAGUUUCCAAGCGCGUUGCUAAACCUUCUGAACUCAUUUGUGAUCCUACACAAAAGGACACAACGCAAGUAAAUCAGCAGAAGGUGCUGCCGGUAUUUAAGCGACCAUUGGCUGUCUGUGCAGCACCCAAGCAAAAGAUUUCGCCUACGUGUAACAAAAUUCGUAAACUACAAGGCAGUAUCAAUGGUUAUGGCAAACUGGGUCAAACUAGUAAGUUUUUUGCUGUACAAUCAACGCCAGAAAAACAGCCUUCACUCCCUACUCCAAAAUCCGACUGUGAUGUAUCAGCAUGGAAUUCAAGUUUACUCAAUGACUCGGAAGUACCGGACGAGUCUCCCAUUAAAAUUUCUGAAACUAAGAAUAUCUUGGACGAAUUAACUGAUGAGGAUGAUCAUACUAAUGAAGACAAUGAUGGCGAGGCUAGUCACGAAGGCGAGGAGAUGGCUAUUAAAAUGGAGCCAAUAGUUGACUCAUUGAAUUUACAAGUGCCAACACAGAAGGAUAUCGAGCUUCUAUUAGAUGAAAAAGACGACGAGGAUGCCAAAUUCGACAUUUCAUCAAAAGACGAUGAGAUUGAAGAGUCACCGAUUAAAAACCGCGCAUCAUUUAAAGUACAUACUGAUUUGGAUACUGUCAACUUACGUCUGAAGUUUCAAUUUCUGCCUGCCAAGCUUGCUAAAUACGCUGUCACUGACAAGAAUCCUCCUAGUUUGAACAACAGCUUCAACGUCAAACAUUCUAGACAAGCAUUGAGCGAUAAGAGCACAAAUAUCAAGCACCAGAAUCGCUCAAAAGGGAUUUUAAACGAUAAAUCUCGCAUCAAUAAGCCAAAGCCAUACUUGCCUGGCAAAUUUGUAAAAUUCAACAUCCCUUCAGAACCAUAUACCAAAACUCAAGUUGUGUCUAGCCAAGAAGAGGAAUAUGAACUAAGUGAAGAAGAAGUUGAAUUCAAAAAGUCGCCCCAGAAACGAGCUCCCAUUAUUAAUCUUAAACAAUUUGCAUUUAGAAAAUAA